AUGUCUAUUAGGAGAAUGGUUCCCAAAUAUUCUUUUCUUUUAAUGCCAAUCACUCUACCAAUAUUCCUUUCUUUUAAUGCCAUGUCUAUUGAGGACGUAGCCCACCUGACAACUCAAAUAUUCUUUUCUUUUAAUGCCAUGUCUAUUGAGGACGUAGCCCACCUGACUACUCAAAUAUUCUUUUCUUUUAAUACUUUGUCUAUUGAGAAUGACGUAGCCCACCUGACUACUCAAAUAUUCUUUUCUUUUAAUGCCAUGUCUUUAAUGGCCCACCUGACUACUCAAAUAUUCUUUUCUUUUAAUGCCAUGUCUAUUGAGGACGUAGCCCACCUGACUACUCAAAUAUUCUUUUCUUUUAAUGCCAUGUCUAUUGAGGACGUAGCCCACCUGACUACUCAAAUAUUCUUUUCUUUUAAUGCCAUGUCUAUUGAGGACGUAGCCCACCUGACUACUCAAAUAUUCUUUUUCUUUUAA